GCCGCCAUAGGGAGAAGAAGAUCCUGCUUAGUGAAACGGGAGGGGGUCCAUUUUAUUUACACUAGAGAGAUAGCUUUGUAACUGAAAGUCGGCUUUUCUCUGGCUUUAAAAGUUAAAAAAACAGAUUUUUAGAGAUGAGCAGUUCAGAAGAAGUGUCGUGGAUUUCCUGGUUCUGUGGACUGAGGGGGAAUGAGUUUUUUUGUGAGGUGGAUGAGGAUUACAUCCAGGACAAGUUCAACCUGACGGGCCUGAAUGAGCAGGUUCCUCACUACCGCCAGGCCCUGGACAUGAUCCUGGACCUGGAACCGGACGAGGAGCUGGAGGAUAAUCCCAACCAGAGCGACCUGAUCGAGCAGGCGGCUGAGAUGCUUUACGGCCUCAUCCACGCUCGCUACAUCCUCACCAACCGAGGCAUCGCGCAGAUGCUGGAAAAGUACCAGCAGGGAGACUUUGGAUAUUGUCCCCGGGUUUAUUGUGAGAAUCAGCCCAUGCUGCCCAUCGGCCUGUCGGACAUCCCAGGAGAGGCCAUGGUGAAGCUCUACUGCCCUAAAUGUAUGGACGUUUACACACCCAAGUCCUCCAGACACCACCACACAGACGGGGCCUACUUCGGCACCGGCUUCCCCCACAUGCUCUUCAUGGUUCACCCCGAGUACCGACCCAAAAGGCCCGCCAACCAGUUCGUCCCCCGUCUGUACGGCUUUAAGAUCCACCCCAUGGCCUACCAGCUGCAGCUGCAAGCUGCCUCCAGCUUCAAGAGCCCCGUCAAGGCCAUCCGCUAGGAGCAACGACGAAGACGAGGAGGAGGAGGAGGAGGAACGUGGCGGAAGGAAUGUCAGGAAAGAAGCACGUGGAGAGGGGUCAGCUGCAUUUCACCCAGAUGCCCCCUCGCCAUCAUGAAGACUGUAUUAUUUUUGCUUUAGAUUAGCCCAUAUGAGGGAAAAAGGGUAAAGAUUUAAGUGUGAAUGAGACAGAAGAAUAAAACACACACACACACACACUUACACAUCAUGGUGGGAAACACACACACACACAGACGGAGCCACACACUAUAGAUUCACCAAACUCAUCCGUGCCAAAAACAGAAGGUGUGAGGAAGCGGAGGGACGG